AUGGCAUCAUCUAAAAUGCUGAAAGUACAUGAGAUCACUCGAGUCUCCCCGUCCUCUGACUCACCAAGUUCAGCCAAUGAAUUCUCUCUCCCGCUCACUUUCUUUGACAUAUUCUUGUUCAAGUUUCAUCCUAUUGAAACUGUCUUCUUCUUCCAACUCACAGAGUCAACCUCAACCCCUUCCUGUUUCUACUCGGAAAUCCUCCCUAGACUUAAGAAAUCUCUUUCUCUUGCACUUGCCCAUUACCUCCCGCUUGCUGGCAACCUCAAGUGGCCAUCAGAUUCUCCCAAGCCCAUUCUUUCAUACGCUCCGAAUGAUGGAAUUUCACUCACGGUUGCCGAGUCCGAGGCUCAAAACUUUAACAGCCUCUCUGGCAAUGAGAUCCGUAAAGCGAAUGAAUUACAACCUUUGGUUCCUCAAUUGAUGAUAUCCGAUCACAUAGCAGCAAUAUUAUCUGCGCAAAUAACACUAUUUCCUAAUCAAGGAUUCAGCAUUGGCGUUACAACUCACCAUGCAGCGGUUGAUGGUAGAAUAGGAGUCAUGUUUCUGAAGUCUUGGGCUUAUCUAUGCAAACAAGGUAAUAAAGCAAACCCUCCUUUGCCGCCUGAGCUAACCCCAUUUUUUGAAAGGAGCGUUAUCGAAGAUCCAGCUCGACUUGACCUGCUGUACUUGAAGCAAUGGUCAGCUUUCACCAGCUUAGAUUCAGAUCCCAAUAAAAGAAACUUGAAACUUUGGCAGGAGGUUAGAUCUACUCCUGAUGAUUUGGUUCGAGCCACAUUUGAGUUUAGUCGUAAAGACAUCAAGAAACUGAGAGAAAAAAUUUUGUCUAAGCUGGAUAACUCAAAACCACUUCAUCUCUCAACUUUUGUGCUUACGCUUGCUUAUACAGCAACCUGUCUGGUUAAAGCAAAAGGAGAAGGCGAUAGACCUGUUUCCAUUGUAUUUGUAGCUGAUUGCAGGACUCGUCUAGACCCUCCUUUACCAAUUACUUAUUUCGGUAACUGCCUUAUGAGUUUUGGACGCUCUACAAAUGCAACACAUUUCAUGAAUGAAGAUGGGUUUCCGUUUGCUGUAGAUUUGUGUUGCGAUUUGAUUGAAGGAUUAAAGAAUGGGGUUCUUGAAGGUGCAGAAGAAAAGGUGUCACAUAUUUUUACGUCUAAGAAACCGGGAUUGCAGUUUAUUAAUGUUGGUGGAUCACCCCAAUUACUUAUUUAUGGCUUAGAUUUUGGGUUAGGGAAGCUGAAGAAGGUGGAGUUUGUGUCCGUACAUAGAGAUGAAGCUAUUGCUAUGACUGAGAGUAGAGAUGGGAGUGGUGGAGUUGAGGUUGGUUUGGCCUUAAACAAGCAUGAAAUGGAGAAUUUCGCUUCUUUAUUUUCUGAUGGAUUAAGAAGCAUUGAUUAA